AUGGCUGCGACCUGUGAGAUCAGCAACGUUUUCAGCAACUACUUCAGCACCAUGUACAGCUCGGAAGACCCCACUCUUGCCUCUGUGCCCCCUGCGCCCACCUUUGGGGCUGAUGACCUGGUGCUGGCCCUGGGCAGCCCGCAGAUGGCCCUGGAGGGCACAGAGAAGGCCAGCUGGCUGGGGGAGCAGCCCCAGCUGUGGUCCAAGGCGCAGGUCCUGGACUGGGUCAGCUACCAGGCGGAGAAACACAAGUACGACCCCGGCACCAUCGACCUCUCGCGCUGCGAGCUGGACGGGGCGGCCCUGUGCCGCUGCGCACCCGAGGAGCUGCGCCUGCUGUUUGGGCCCCUGGGGGACCAGCUCUACUCGCAGCUGUGGGACCUCAGUUCCAGCUUCCCCGACGAGCUCAGCUGGAUCAUGGAGCUCCUGGAGAAGGACAGCCUGGCUCUCCAGGAGCCCCUCGGGGAGCAAGGCCCCUUCGACCAGGGAAGCCCCUUCACCCAGGAGAUACUCGAGGACUGCAGGCAGGCCAGCCCCCCCUACACAGGCAGCUUCGGUGUGGGGGCGCCCUCCCCAGGCAGCUCCGACGUCUCCACUGCAGGGACUGGCGCGUCUCAGAGCCCCCACGCCUCAGACUCCGGUGGAAGUGACGUGGACUUGGAUGCCCCAGACAGCAAACUCUUUCCCAGGGAUGGCUUUCCUGACUACAAGAAGGGGGAUCUUAAGCACGGGAAGCGGAAGAGGGGCCGGCCCCGAAAGCUGAGCAAAGAGUCCCGGGAGUGUCUGGAAGGCAGGAAGAGCAAGCACACCCCUAGAGGCACCCACCUGUGGGAAUUCAUCCGUGACAUCCUCAUCCACCCGGAGCUCAACGAGGGCCUCAUGAAGUGGGAGAACCGGCAAGAGGGCAUAUUUAAGUUCCUGCGCUCAGAGGCUGUGGCCCAGCUGUGGGGCCAGAAGAAGAAGAACAGCAGCAUGACCUAUGAGAAGCUGAGCAGGGCCAUGAGGUACUACUACAAGCGGGAGAUCCUCGAGCGGGUGGACGGCCGGAGGCUCGUCUACAAGUUCGGCAGGAACUCCAGCGGCUGGAAGGAGGAGGAGGUGGUGGGACACAGGAACUGA